AAUCAGUAGAAUAGAUUCAGAGAACUGAGACGCAACCACGACCUUAGUAGUCAUAAACUUUUCCCGUCUUCGUUUUUCUGGUUUGCGAAAGUACGAACCAAAUAAAGGAAGAGGAAGAAGAGUCACGGCAGCUCUCAAAUCCCGGCAUCUGGGCUGCCAUUUUUCACACUAAAAGAGGAACCCGCCUCCGACUCUUCUCCAGAAUUCUGUAGUCUUCCUUUGUUUCUCCUUACACCCCAGCCUUCUCGAUCAGUGCUCUGGCAAUAUUAACUCUUGAGCAGCACUAAAGCAGACUGAGAUUCUGUGAUUUCUUCCUCAUUCUGCGGAUCUUUCAAUUUCCGCCUGUUUUGGAGGGGUUACUGGCGAAGGACAGAGGUUUUCUUAUUACUGGGCUGCAGCGGUUCGUUUUGUGCAGGCACUGAUCCUGUGGAGAAGAUCUGCGAGCCUACAAGGAUUUUCUAAACAUGAAUGCCAAGAUGGGUUCUUUCCGCUAUGGCCUUGCCGAGAAGAGGGAGAGAUUGCUUUCCAUGAAGGGACAAUCAGUGUUCGGUUUUCCCAACAUUGAGAAAGAAGAUGAACCUAGAAGUUGCUGUUCAUACAGGUUCUUUUCUGAUAAAAUUGUUGAGUUCUGCAGAACAAUCCAGGAUUUCGGUAUUAUGGCUGUUGAGAUGGGGAGGUCGGAUCCCAGAAAGAUUGUUUUUUCUGCAAAAGUCGGUUUGACUUUGAUGAUUAUAUCUCUGCUGAUCUAUUGGAAAGAGCCGAUGAAGGAGUUAAGUCAGCACUCUGUUUGGGCUGUUCUUACUGUGGUCGUUGUCUUUGAGUUCAGCAUAGGUGCUACUCUUAGCAAAGGUUUCAACCGUGGACUUGGAACUUUAUCAGCUGGUGGACUUGCUCUAGGAAUGGCAGAGUUGUCUCAAUUGGUCGGGGAGUGGGAAGAAGAAGUUAUCGUCAUUAGCAUCUUCAUCAUGGGGUUUUGUGCAACAUAUGCAAAGUUGUUACCCCCUCUUAAGCCCUAUGAAUAUGGCUUUCGGGUAUACCUGCUAACUUAUUGCAUGGUAAUGAUAUCUGGGUAUCAGACACGUGAAUUUAUCCACACAGCAGUUACACGGUUUCUGCUUAUUGCAUUCGGUGCGGGGGUCUGUUUGGCAAUAAACAUAUUCAUUUAUCCUAUUUGGGCUGGCGAAGACUUGCACAACUUGGUAGCAAAAAAUUUCAUGAAUGUGGCGACUUCUCUGGAAGGUUGUGUGGAGGGGUACCUUAACUGCGUUGAAUAUGAAAGAAUCCCAUCGAAAAUCCUUACGUAUCAAGCUUCUGAUGACCCACUAUACAGAGGCUACAGAUCCGCUGUCGAAUCUACAAGCCAAGAAGAUGCACUGAUGAGUUUUGCAGUUUGGGAGCCUCCUCAUGGUCCGUACAAAUCGUGUGGAUACCCAUGGAGCAAUUAUGUCAAAGUAAGUGGGUCACUUCGGCAUUGUGCAUUCAUGGUAAUGGCUCUCCAUGGAUGCAUACUCUCAGAAAUACAGUUGUUCAAUGCACAGGCCCCUGCUGAAAGAAGACAGGUGUUUCGGCAGGAGUUGCAGAGGGUAGGUGCUGAAGGGGCUAAAGUGUUACGGCUACUCGGUAACAAAAUCAAGAAUUUGGAGAAGCUAGGUCCAGUAGACGUACUAUAUGAAGUCCAUGAAGCCGCGGAAGAGCUGCAAAAGAAGGUGGACAAGAAAUCAUACCUCCUCGUGAAUGCAGAAUGUUGGGAGAUUGGAUCACGGGAGAAAGAUAUGGGAGAGCCACAGGAUAUGCUGACUUUUGAUGACGACGAAGAAAACCAGUUUGUCGAGUACAAGGCUCAUAGUGAAGCUCUGCUGAAUUUGAGGUCGCUGACUAUUCCGAAGAGUUGGGAUGAUAGAGUACCUCCAGGGGUUGCCUCACAGGAUCCUGCGUAUGCAAAACAGACAUCUUGGCCUAAACGCCAUUCAUUCACUGCUGCAUCCCUACCCCAGAUAGAAGAAUCAAAGACCUUUGAAAGUGCAAGUGCAUUGUCUCUUGCAACUUUUGCAUCACUUUUGACCGAAUUUGUUGCGAGGCUGCAAAACAUCGUAGAUGCUUUUCAGGAGUUGAGCGAGAAGGGAAACUUCAAGGAUCCCAUCGACGAACCAGUGGCAGAGCCGGUUGGGUUCUGGACCAGAUUGGUGAAGCGUGUGAAUUUUUCUCGAAGCAGUAGUUGAUACUUGAUAGUAAUACACGCAUGGUUGGAGAAUGGAGAAGAGAUCUCUUUGGAAAAGCCCUUUUCUUGGGGGGAAUCCUAGCGUGUGACUAACUGAAUUGUAAACCUGAUUAUGUAACUUCCUCACUACAAAGCCCUUCUCUUGAGACUACUGUUGUCUAUCCAAAAAAAUUUCAGACUACACGAAAGUGAUAUUAGGCGGUUAUUGAAAGAAGAUGAGGUUGUUGCUUAUUGUUGUCAACUUGAUGGAUUGGGUGUUGCUUACUUUCUUGGAAUUGAAGACACUUUCCUGGAAUCGCUGAUUCUAUUGGAAUUGAAUACAAAUAGAC